AUGGCGGACCCGAAGCCAUUGUGCACACCUGCCGAGCUGAUGCUCAAGGUGAUCCUCGCGGGGACCCUCAGCCACUAUGAGACCAAGGGCAUGAUCGACGACAAACGCCUCGAGCACAUGCUUGCCGCUGGAAAACAGAUCCUCUACAAGACACAUCAAGAGAGCGAUGUUCGUCACAAUCUCGGCAUGUCGCCAGACAUCUGGCAAGGCCUCACCAACGUUCUCACGAAAGCGAUCCCAGUCCUCGAGUCCCAGUCUUUCGCAUGGAAGAGUCCGGCAGCGAGCUACGAACAUUCAUCCUCCAACCUCAUCGCAUACAACUAUCUCUCGCUAGUCAAGGACAUCGAGCGCCUCAAUGAUCUCUGCACGAUUGCCCGCAACCUUCUUGCCACAACAAAGAAAGCGCAGAAUCUUGCCGCGGAAACUGGCUUCGAUCAGAGAAUUCUAGCGCUCAUCGACACCUGCGUGCGCGUAACUGCCAGAGGCUUCGACGGCGAGACAAAUGCGCGCAACGAGGAGCGAUGGCAGAAAGUGGUCAACCUCUACAAGCGUCUAUUGAUUACAUGCCUCCAGUACCUCCACAACUUCAUCAUGCAUAACGAGCAUCGCAAGAUGGUUCUUUGGUUGGAUCUCUUUGGAUACCAUUCGACUGCCGAUACAAACAUCAUCAAGCCCAAGGAACCGCUGGACGAUGCCAGUCCCAGAGAAGGAGUGGCGCCUAUUGUGCAGGUUGGAGAGCGCGUUAUCAACCCUCCUAUCCGUGCGCUUUACGACCAGACCGCGGAAGACUUGCUGUUGGAGACCAUUGCCAAGUUCCCCCGGGAGCCUGCUACCAUCAAGGAAGAGGCCGCUAUGUUGCUUCUCGCGAACAUCAAGGAUCACAUGGAGAGAAUCCUCGGACGGGAUUUGAGCGCCAUUCAAGAGAUGGGCCGGGACCCAGAUCAGGUCAAGGAUAUUCGGGCGGCUCUGACCGCGAUACUUGGAGCGAAGGUGGAUGGUUGGUCAGAUCUUCAAGAGCGAGCUCGUGAGAUUCCACCUGCGCUUCCCGAAGAUGAGAAUGAAGAACACGAAGAAGAAGAAGAAGAAGAAGUAGAGGAGGAACAUGAAGAGCACGAGGAUGAUGAAGACGAGGAAGAGGAGGAGGAUCACGACGUCACUAAGAAGAAGACCAUUCUAACUAUUGAUCGCAGUCUAACGGCUGGUUUCCCUCGUCUUUGUUGGGCAGAUCUCCCUGAAAUCAACGAUUUUGGGGCAGUGGAUGCACCAGUGACUGACGAGGACACUAGCAUGCCCCGGUCAGCUCAGUCUGCUGCCGAGACCCUUCAAGAGGCUAAAGAUGAGCUCAUGGCUCGUCUCCAGGAGCCAUCACAUAUCGAUGGCGACGAAGAGCACGAGUAUGACCAUGGGGAUGCACACACAGUUGGCGACGAUGACUCGCGCAGCCUGGAGGCCAUGGCUGACGGUAGCGUUGAUGGCGAUGAUGUGGAUGACGUGGACGAUGAUGGCGCAGAUGGGGAUGGUGAUGAGGAAGACGACGAAGAUGAUGAAUACCGUGGCCGCCCUGGUGAUCAACAACGUGGUCUUCUGACGGACAUCCCUCUCGUCCUUGGACCCGCCGAGAUCGAAGCCUUGCCCAUGAUCGUUCAGGCCGGCAUCGUUGACAGCUUUGGACUCAAAGGUGGUGAACGCAAUGGAACAAGAAAUAUGCAAGCCCUGAGAUGCCACAUUCUGCUCACCCAAGAGACUGGGCGCAAUCUGCUCCGUGAACUUCUGAUCUUCAUCGCCGCUUGGGAUCUUCCGGAUGACGAGCUCUACUUUAAGAUGAUGGUCCAGAUCAUGGAAGCUGUGCUCAAGAACGGCCUCAUGUCCCACGCCUACUCCGACUUUGGCCAGCCUAAGGAUAUUAUUUCCCCGGCACAGGCUGUGGUGAUCAAGAUUCUCACCCACAUCUUCCGUGCGAAGUAUUCCCCUGCUUCUGUGACAGGAUCAGCCCAACCCAACAUUCCCCGCAACCCAUCGUCGCUCAACCGAGUUGACAUUCUGACCGUCCGAUACAUCUUUACCAUCUUCCGUGGUAACAUUAUUCCCGAAACCUGCGCAUUGAUCUACCUUCAAGGCCAGAUCCGCGCCGAGCGUGCUCUACCAGAGGACUUCCCGCUCAACCUGUGGGACAUGGAGCGGGUGUACGAGGGUGUCUACCAGUUUUUAGAAUUCUUUGCUGUCCUGACGGAGAACAACGACUGGAAGAACCUGCUCGUCAAAUGGGAGAUUGUCUACGACCUGGUGACCUUGAUCAAGGAGUUGGAAGCCAGCAUCCCCAAGGGCCAGUUAAGCCAGCUGUCCUUCGGUUCAGUUCCCCCACCCCCUCCACCCCGCAACGAUCCUACAAGUGAUGUCCUUCCUGCCCCUGUCGCAGUCGAGCGUCCUUACGACCCAAGCGACCCCGACCCCAUUGACAACGGCUGUGGCAGCGUCGACUCCCGUCCCGAGUCUCCACCCAUCACCGAAGACCCUUCUGAAUUCGAGUGGCGCAAUCUCAAGAAACUGGUCGUGCUGGUCCUUUCAUCGCUUGUAUGGAAGUGUCCCGAAGUCCAAGAACAAAUUCGCCGCUAUGGCGGUGUCGAGGCAAUCCUCUGCUGCACAGCCUUUGACGCUCACAACCCCUAUAUCAAGGAACACGCCGUGAUGUGCCUCAAGUUCUUGCUAGAAGGCAACCGUGAAAACCAGCGUCUUGUCGAGGAACUUGAGGCUCGUGAGGUCGUCAAGGAUGACGGCGGUGUCCUCGAGAGAAGUGGAUACGAGGCCAUGAUUAACCAAGCGGGCAAGUUGGCUAUUCGUCAGAAGGAUCGCGUCACCGAACUGUGA